GAGUCGACCGCAACUUGAUAGCAUCAAAGUGUGACCCCGUCCCGGCGUCACGGGCGCGGUGGAUCAGAGGCGUAAGAGCUUUGGUUCGAGGACAAGUGAGGACAUGGAGCUCAGGAGCCAGUGACAGGACGCUGUGGUGCCCGAGAGCCCGGAGGACAGAGCGUUUGGAAGGUCGAAUUCAUGGUCGCGGAAGCCGAGCACAUUGUAGGAAAUGGCAGGCGUCCGACCCCCGAUCAUGAACGGACCCCUGCACCCACGGCCCCUGGUGGCGCUUCUGGACGGCCGAGACUGCACCGUGGAGAUGCCCAUCCUGAAGGACGUGGCCACCGUGGCCUUCUGUGACGCCCAGUCCACCCAGGAGAUCCACGAGAAGGUCCUGAACGAGGCCGUGGGGGCCCUGAUGUACCACACCAUCACGCUGACGCGGGAGGACCUGGAGAAGUUCAAAGCGCUCCGCAUCAUCGUGCGCAUCGGCAGCGGCUUCGACAACAUUGACAUCAAGUCGGCGGGGGACCUAGGCAUUGCCGUCUGCAACGUGCCGGCCGCGUCCGUGGAGGAGACUGCCGACUCUACCCUGUGCCACAUCCUGAACCUGUACCGGCGCACCACGUGGCUGCACCAGGCUUUGCGGGAAGGCACGCGCGUCCAGAGCGUUGAGCAGAUCCGGGAAGUGGCUUCCGGAGCCGCCAGGAUCCGCGGGGAGACCUUGGGCAUCAUUGGACUAGGUCGUGUGGGGCAGGCGGUGGCCCUGCGGGCCAAGGCCUUCGGCUUCAACGUGCUCUUCUACGACCCGUACCUCUCGGAUGGCAUCGAGCGGGCGCUGGGGCUGCAGCGGGUGAGCACCCUGCAGGACCUGCUGUUCCACAGCGACUGCGUCAGCCUGCACUGCGGCCUCAACGAGCACAACCACCACCUGGUCAACGACUUCACCGUCAAGCAGAUGAGACAGGGCGCCUUCCUGGUGAACACGGCGCGGGGCGGCCUGGUGGACGAGAAGGCGCUGGCGCAGGCCCUGAAGGAGGGCCGGAUACGCGGCGCGGCGCUGGACGUGCACGAGUCGGAGCCCUUCAGCUUCAGCCAGGGCCCCCUGAAGGACGCGCCAAACCUGAUCUGCACGCCCCACGCCGCCUGGUACAGUGAGCAGGCCUCCAUCGAGAUGCGGGAGGAGGGGUCAGGGGAGGUGUGGGGAGCCAUCACAGGCCGGAUCCCUGACAGCCUGAAGAACUGUGUGAACAAAGACCACCUGACGGCCGCCACCCACUGGGCCAGCAUGGACCCUGCCGUGGUGCACCCUGAGCUCAACGGGGCGGCCUACAGCAGGUACCCCCCGGGCGUGGUGAGCGUAGCUCCCACUGGCAUGCCUGCCGCUGUCGAAGGCAUCGUCCCCAGCGCCAUGUCCCUGUCCCACGGCCUGCCCCCUGUGGCCCACCCACCCCACGCCCCUUCUCCUGGCCAAACCGUCAAGCCAGAGGCGGAUAGAGACCAUACUGGCGACCAGUUGUAGCCCGAGCAGAGCUGGCCCCCGCCCGGUGGAGGGCUGUGCAGCCCUGGGCCGGCAUGGGCAGAGGUGCAGCCAGCAGCCUGCGGAGGCCCCGGCGCGAGACUGGCCCGGCAGGAGGGCAGGAGCAGCGGGCGGUGGCGCCAGGGCCUCCUCCUCGUCCCACGUAGUCGUCCCGUCCCCGGACUGGCUCUCUGUCUGUGUCCUGCGUGCGUCCUUGGUUAAGCAAGAGAAGUCAGUAGCUCAUUA